AUGGACGCCAACAUCCAGCGGGCGCUGAACGACAAGCUCUACGACAAGCGCAAGGUCGGAGCACUCGAGCUCGAGAAGAUCAUUCGCGAUCUCGUCGUGGCCAAGGAUUUCCAGCGCGUCCACGACGUUCUCGAGCAGCUCGUCAGUGACUACGCAUACGCCGUGCAUCAGCCCCAUGCGCGCAACGGCGGCUUGAUCGGCCUCGCUGCCGCUGCUAUUGCCCUGGGCACCGAGCUGCCGCGCUAUCUCGCCAAGAUUGUGCCGCCUGUAUUGGCGUGCUUCACUGACCAGGAUGCAAGGGUCAGGUAUUAUGCGUGUGAAGCCAUGUACAACAUUGCAAAAGUCGCCAAGGGCGAGAUUUUGGUGUAUUUUAACAGCAUAUUCGAUCAGCUUUGCCGGCUUGGUGCGGACUCGGAGCUCUCCGUCAAAAAUGGCGCCGAACUGCUGGACCGGCUCGUCAAAGACAUUGUUUCCGAGUCUGCUGCCUCGUAUGUUUCCAUCCUUGAAGCUUCUACAGACUUUGACGGCGGCAACAAGACGGACCUCGACGACGACAAUGUCCCCUUACCCACCGCCUUCUCGCUGGUUCGGUUUAUUCCCCUUCUCAAGGAACGCAUCUGGGUCAUCAACCCCUUCACGCGCCAAUUUCUGGUGGGCUGGAUCACCCUGUUGGACUCCAUACCGGACUUGGAGCUCGUGACAUAUCUUCCCGACUUUCUCGCUGGAAUUCUCAAGUUCCUGAGCGACCAGAACACGGAUGUGCGGACCGCCACGCACGCCUGCCUCGACAAAUUUCUGAACGAGAUUAAGCGGAUUGCGCGGGUCAAGAAGGGGAUUCUGGAGAGCAGGAAGUCGAGAGAAGGCGGCAAAAGAAGACGGCAAGAUUCCAUGGAUACGGGCAGCAUUCGCCCCGAUUUGGAAGAGGGGGAAGAGGUCGAGUCGGAGGCCCUGAACGAUGACGACGACGACAGCAUCGAGGAGGACUGGAUCCCAGGUCAAGAUGUCGAGAUCAAUUACAAGGAGGUGCUGGAGAUCCUUACCGCGACGUUGGAUUCGCCGCUAGAGGAAGAUAGUCUUCUAGAAUCGCUGAGAUGGAUUGUUGAGUUCCUCGACAUUUGUCCAGAGGAAGUCCUGCCGUUCACACCCAAGAUUCUGGCUCAUAUGCUGCCAGCCAUGGCAAGCACGAAAGAGACUAUUCAUCGGGCGGCAACGAGGGUCAACACGUGCCUGCUUGACUACGUGGUGUCUCUGUCGGACGAGGCUGGGAUCGAUCUCGACUACGCCGCGGCUGUCAACUCCUUGACGCUGCUGUUCCUCAACGACCACGAGGCGACUCGCGUCGCUGCGCUGACCUGGCUCAUCAUGCUACACAGAAAGGCCCCGAGAAAGGUGUUGGCCUUCAACGACGGCACCUUUCCCGCUCUUCUCAAGACUCUCUCGGACCCCUCCGACGCCGUCGUCACCAGGGAUCUCCAGCUUUUGUCGCAAAUAUCGCGCAACAGCGAGGACGACUACUUCGCGAAUUUCAUGGUGAAUCUCUUGCAGCUCUUUUCGACGGACCGCAAGCUCCUGGAGACGCGUGGAAACCUCAUCAUUCGUCAGCUAUGCAUCAGCCUCAGUCCCGAGCGGAUAUACCGUACCCUGGCCGAGUGCAUCGAGAAGGAGGAGGAUGUCGAGUUUGCCAGCAUCAUGGUACAGAACCUCAACAACAAUCUCAUCACAGCGCCUCAGCUUGGCGAAGUGCGGAAAAGGCUGCGCAACCUGGAGACCAAGGACGGACAGACGCUCUUUGUGGCUCUGUUCCGGUCAUGGUGCUACAACGCCGUUGCCACCUUUUCAUUGUGCUUGCUUGCCCAGGCCUAUGAACAGGCCUAUCACCUGCUGCAGAUUUUUGGCGAGCUGGACAUGACUGUCAACCUCUUGAUCCAGGUCGACAAGCUUGUCCAGUUGAUUGAAUCGCCCGUCUUCACUUACCUGAGGCUUCAGCUUCUGGAGCCUGAGAAGUAUCCCUAUCUGUACAAAUGCAUGUACGGGAUCCUGAUGCUAUUACCGCAAUCGUCGGCAUUUGCUGCCUUGAAAAACCGCCUCAACAGUGUCAGCUCCAUAGGCUAUUUGCACGUGGCCCCCCGGGGCGCAUCAGCAUCGGCCAGCGGCGCCAACUAUGACCGACCAAACCGAUUGAAAGGGCGAGAUGACGGGAGCAUCCGGUGGCAAGAGCUGCUGGAGAAAUUUCGCAGCGUCCAAGAAAGAGCGAGGAGAACACAGCGACACAUGCUGGACGGUGAAGAGAUGCCAGCGGCUGGACUCUCUGAGUUGAGAAUGAGCGAAGGCCCGCUCGAAAUCAAGGGGAGGGAAAGCCGCGGGCCGACUCCGACUGUGCCCCCGCCGGUGCCCCAAAAAGACUCUACGCCGGUGGCACCAGUUAAGAAGUCUGGCCUGGGCAGGCAGUUUGGAAGGCUUGGAGGUGCCGUAUCGGGAAAAAGCCGUCGCAAUCAGUAG